AAACAACUCAAAUCCGACUGCUUAUUUGAUUGACGAAAACGUCGAUUUGCGUUGCAUUUGAGUUGAAUUGAGUUGAUUGAGUUGACGAGAUUUGCGUUGUGUCAGACCUUGGAUUCGAUUGCUCAAGCCUCAGUCCCUCCAUCCCUCAACCUGUCCAACUCAGUUAACCGCCUCCCCAUCCCCCAGCACAUAUGGCAUCCCCCUUGCCCUCGCCCGCCAAAACCGGCCGCAUCCUGGCAAAAGUCGGAAUUGACCGUCUGGGGUAUGGCGGCAUCGAUGAUUGCAUUACUUCCAUCCGUUGCAACGGUCGAAAAUUCCACAUCGAGAUGUCGCCCUCCUUUAUUUGCAACUCCCCGAUCGUCGAGUCCCGGUAUCGGAAGUUCAUCACUGUUGUUAGCGGCGACUACAACUACGGCGACGAAAUUACUGACGCAGAGGAAGGCGAAGGACAACAAGACUCGGAGGAAAUCCGAGACGAGUUCCACGAAUGGCUUCUUGCUGCCUUAAGACCCGUCUUCCUGGAGGUUGUCCCGGAUGUCCCGCCCUCCUUUGACCCUGAAAAGCUUGCAGCAGGGGAGGCUCACCCACGGCUCUCCGAAUACCUUUUCCCCGAACAACACUACUAUCGACUCGAGGUGGAGAACGAAAAGCCCUUCCCUAUCCCGAUUCGAGAUAAGGAGGACCGCUUUUCGCCGGCUCUCAAUGAUAUCCACCCAGACCUCGCCCAAGAACUUCGUCACCAUGCCAAGUUCUUCGACCCCUCCUCCAUCGAGGUCUCCUUUCGAAGACCGGAACAAGCCCUCUCAGGCGAACCUACACGGGUGCUCGUUGACCUGGAUGACUCAGGUCCGAAAACGGUCUGCUUCUUCAAGAACCUGACCCGGGCCUAUUAUCUUGACCUGGACAAACAACUCGAAGACCAUCUCCGGGUCCUGAAAUCUACUUUGACACCGAACGCACGCGUGCCUCGUCUACUUGGGGUUGUAGUAGUAGAUGGUCGUAUCGCGGGACUACUGUUUACAUACAUCAAACACCGUAACGAGAAUGACGGGCUGCUAUUCGAGAACCAUCUCCUUUAUACCCCAAUCCCUCUUCGCCAGCGCUGGGCCUCGCAAAUCCAGGACACUGUCGCCCAACUUCACAACGCUGGUCUUGUUUGGGGCGACGCCAGAGCAGACCACGUCAUGAUAGACAAGAACAACGAUGCUUGGCUGAUCAGCCUUGGUGGUGGUUAUACCGAAGGGUGGGUGGAUAAGGACAAGGCUGGCACGAAGGACGGAGACCUCCAGGGAGUAGCUAGGAUCGUCAAACAUCUCAACAACGAACCGUACGAGCCUUACUCGGGCUCGGACAUGGAAUCGGACGAUGGCUGUUAGAACAAAAAUCGCUUAACGGCACCAGACGGGGGUCAGUGAAGUUAGGAUAUCUUUGCUCGCGAGCGUGGUGAAUAUAGCCGGAAGG